GCGGGAAUCCAUCCAUGUCGGUCAGUUAUUUCCUCUCCUAAUCAACAGCUUCCGGCAGGUUGGCUGACUGGACAGUAGAGGCCUUGUUUAUCACCAGUGUGUCUUGCACAACAUCCACUUGUUGAAUUCCUAUUGUCUAGUCAAGUCUCAUUAAUCUGGAUAACUGAUAUGAAAGAAGGUAGAAUGAGCCUCCCUCUCUCUCCUCCCUCCCACCACUGUCUUUUUUCACUGCCUAAAAGGAAGUGACCUGCUUGUCUGAACAGGAAUCGGGUCGAGGCCACACAGCAGGACGAGACAAACAAACACACAAGCCUCUGACUAAACACUUAGAAGUAAAGUGACUUGAAUAACUAGUCUUCUGUAAUAAAAAGGAGGAUAAGAUAAUCUUCAGUACACAAGAUGCAUUUAAAAAAAAAGAAAAAAGUAGAAUGUAGAAUUUAGAUACGUAAGGUCCAGUCUCUAGCAGCACUCUUCAAUCAGCUCAUUUCUAUUGAUACUGUACUUUGGUUUGGGCCCCACCCCUCUCUUCUCUUCUCUACACCUCCCCUUUCCCCUUCCUAUGCAAAUGUCACCACCACCCACAAUAAAUACACCUAUUCAGCCAUCCAGCCCCCUGCACUGCCAAACCAGGGUCUUCUUUUACUCCAGACAGGCACUUGAGGGUUUCUCCAUCAUUCUAACUUCUUUUCCAGGAUGACUGCAGACAUCAGUUCUUCUAUUACUUACAGGAAAUCUUUCCAUUCAGCUACUAUACUGUUUCUCCUUCUGAGUACUGGACUGAGCAGCAUAUUGACACUUGGUCCUGGUGACAGUAGAAUCAGGGCUGGGAGGCAGGGACUAGCAAGGUCUGAUGGCAGAGAAAAGGUCAAGAGUGAGGACAGGAGACCUUUGAAAGCCAACAGCCAAUCUGGGCACAGUCUCAUUUCUGGACCAGGAGCUGAAGCAGCAGAUGAGGAUGACGAUGUUUGGGGGGACACUGAUACCAUUACUGGCUUGAGGUCCGUGUUUUCUAUAGGAGAAAGUGGCCUGUGGGAGCCCCGCAGGUCCACUCGCUGUGUCCCCAUACCAGCUGGAAUGGCCUUGUGUCAAAACAUCGGCUAUGACACUAUGAGGAUGCCCAAUCUGCUGGGCCACGAGUCUCCAGCUGAGGCUGUACAACAGAGUGCUAGCUGGCUGCCACUACUUGCCAGGGAAUGCCACCCUGAUGCUCGCAUCUUUCUCUGUUCUCUCUUUGCCCCCAUCUGCCUUGACAGGUUCAUAUCACCCUGCAGGAGUUUGUGUGAGUCUGUACGGGACAGCUGCGCCCCAAUCAUGAGUUGCUAUGGCUACCCCUGGCCAGAAAUUCUGCGCUGUGACCAGUAUCCUGCAGACCAUCUCAUGUGCAUCUCCUCCAUCACUAAUACAACUGUUCACAUGGGGAGACGUAGAGUGCCUCAGGCAAGCUGUCGGGAUUGUGAGCUAGAGGAAACCUCAUCUUCAAAAGAUACACUGGAAACCUUCUGUAGGAGUGAUUUUGUUGUGAAACUGCGAAUAACCCGACUUCAGUACAGUCCAGUAAGCCUGUCUCAGUUUUCUCUGGCUGCUAAACUAGACGUUCUGAAGCAUGGUCCGCUCUUGGGUGGACAGGUACGUUCUCGCAUUGAGCUGUGGCUGGAAAGGGAUGCCACGUGUGUGAAAAACAUGACGCGGAGCCACCCACGAGGUGGCACGUUCUUAGUGACAGGCCUUGUACAGGGUGAUCGAUUGGUGGUCAACAAGGCUUAUGUCUGGCAUAAACGGGACAAGAACCUGAUGGCAGCAGCACGGAAAUGGAAGCAUUAUCAAUGUCGAAGUUAGGAUUAUGGAGAAAAAAAUAGAGCUACUGUUAGAUCAAUCACAAUAAUAUUUUGGUUUGUAUCUGUAUAUAAUGUUUUGUCUGGUUUUAUAAUAUCAUGUUAAACCUUAAUAAUAACGCUGGUUUUGAAGAAAAUGUCUCUUUGGCAGAAGAUUUGUGUAAUGUACAUAUCCAUGUAUUUUAUUGCUGGUUUAUAUUUGUAUAACUUUGAGCAUAAUAAAAUGU